AUGUCUCUCCUCCAAAACGAAGACUUUACCAUCUGGCAGCUCCGCACCUCCUACCUCUCCGCAAUCAGAGACGGCGUCGGCGAUCGCCUUAUCAACGUCAACUCCUCCAUUCUCAACACUCCAAGUUUCCGCGCUGCAGGCUGGUCAUCAGCCCCUGGUGCCAAUGCCUCACAUAUCAAACGCACCUACUCGCCUCCCAUCCCCACCGCAACGGCCGUUACGUCAGAGUAUUUCCAGGUCAGUGCAAGGCAGAAUAAAGGCUUCGGCGAUAUAAAUGGUGGCAGUGAUGGGCACAAUGAUGCUGCUGGAGCCGUGGGUCUUGAAUUCGGGAUGGUGGAUGAUGGCGAGGAUGAAGAGGGUGGAAUUGUGACGGGCCCGAAGGGUAGUGUGAACACUAUUACGCAGCGACAGCCCAAGCGGGCUGCAGGAAGGAAGGGACGGAGGAGAUUGGAUGUCUCCAGAUCGCACCACCAGCAGCACAGGCUGGGUGAAGCUGAGGACAAUGAUAGUAGUGAUCUUAGUGAUGAGAGUGAUGAGGAGGUUGAGGGUGUUCGAGAACCCAGAAAUACGGGCCCUAGUAGCGAUAUGUCAUCAGACAACGAAGCAUACGGGCCCGCUGUGAGGAGACGGCAGAUUCAUUUUUCUAACCACGAGGACGUGAUUAAUCCAAAUGACAAGCCACCAAGCGAAAAGCUGGAUGAAGAAGAUGAGCUAGAGGCAGGAAGCAUCGAGGACGCCAUCAAUGAUCACGAUGAAGAUUCAAUUGUCGAGUCUGAAGGAUCUGUUCUUUCUUCUGAAUUCGGGGGCACUGCUGGAUCGGGAUCAUUGCUGGAUCGCGUCGGAUCGUUAGACUCGGCAUCUCCAAUGAUCUCCGAUAAACUGCCAUUGACUCUCGAAUCACAGGGUAGUUCACCCAGGAAACAGAAACAAACGACUACUUCACCGGAGUUAAAUGUACUUCCACCGCCUCGGCCCAUCAGCACCGUUGAACCCAUCAGUCUUUUGUCUACAGCGCUCCGAGCACGAAAGAAGGCGCCUGCCAACCCUUUGGAGAUAUAUGCUGCGCUAUCAGGCAGAGGAUCCAACACAACUCCACUAUACAUCAAUUUCUUUAUUCCGUCGUCCUCCCAACCAGAUGAGCCUUUAGAUGUGCCAAUUGUACGAGAAUCGAAGGAUUUAGAUCACCCUGGUCCAGUUACCGUUGCCCAAGCUAUCGGGCUGGGCCUAUGGAGAUAUAUGGAAGAACGCCGAAAGCCGCCACUUGAAGGAGAAAUGCUCAAUGUAAAUCGGUGGAAUCUCCGGAUGAUUGAGGACGGAGAAGUUGACUAUGAUUUCCCAUGCCUAGCGAGAGGUAGACCCAUCAUUGAUUUUACUUCCAACAACAAUCGCGCCCCUACCGCGCGCGGACGGUCCAGGAGCAAGCCGUAUGACGAAUUUGCACUUGUGAAGGCGACGGCAGCUGAAUUCGCGGAGAAUGAGAAACAGUAUCCCACGCCGAGUGCUGAUGAUGUCGAUGAGCCGGAAAUUACUCUGCCGAUAAUACAAGCCAAUCAGGAUAACGCUAAAAACAGGAUGCUUGGAAGGAUCAACCCCAUCCUAGGCCAGCCAUUUUCAUCCGCGUUGAAUGAUAGCACCCUCACCCCAGCCGAUCGCCCCGCUGUACCUACGUCAUACGCCACACCUAGAAUGGGCGUCACCAAGACAUUGAAGGUCAGAUACAUUGACCUAGCCGCAACGCAAACAACCUCCAUGAACACAUCUACAGACAGCUACAUCGCCGAAAUUUUAGACUCCGUCUGCAAGAAGUGGGGCCUGGACAAAGGCCAGUACCUCCUUAAAGUCAUGGGCUCCAACACCGUUGCCCCACUAGACCGAACCGUAGAAGCCCUGGGCAGUAUCACAGAUCUGGACCUUGUCCGCCGCCGAUUCGGCACGGGCCCACUCUCCAUCACCGGAUCCCCAGUCAGCGUCUCACCCAACGCGCCCCUAAUGGUCGAAAACACGACCUCUCACAGUGCCAGUUCCAAGAAGGGCAAGAAGGGCGGCAGUGGCACGGGAGGCGGUCGCAUGCUGCACCCGCUCGCGCACACCCAGGAUCUCCUGGGUGGCUACUACCGGCGCUACAACGUCAUCCGCAAGCAAUCCAUGUCGUUCACGGCGUCGAAUCAGCGCGUGCUCGCGUUCGACAUGGACUACAUGCAUAUCAUGCCGGCGGAGACGGGCAAGACGCUCUUCGAAUCGAACAGCAAGACGACGUCGAUAUCGUUUAAUGACGUUGUGGGGUCGAAGGUUAGCCGGCGGCAUCCGAAGAGUUUCCGGGUGGUGGUGUUGAGGGGAAACGCGGCGAGUGAGCAGAAGAGAUAUGACUUUGAGGCGAAGAGUGCGGUGGAGGCGGCGGAGAUUGUGGAGGAGAUCAAGAAGAAUAUGUUGCAGUAUCAUGUGUGA